AAGUCGACCAUUGAAUUGAAUUGAUGAGUGUAAUUCAUCUUCGAGUUGUGCACAUCAAGUGAGGCCCAACAUCAUGACGACCAGCUUUAUCAGGCGUGUGAAUGGCGCAUGGCCGACUCGUCCGCCUGAGUCAAAAUUUGUAUUUCAUCGAUGCAGAAUCAGCGAGCCAAUGGGGUCGACUAGAAGGACGUUGAGGACAUUAUCUUUACG